GCUUUUGAAAUGUAAACAAACUCAGCUGUCUUUGUUGUCUAUUUUAUUAAGUAUUUUAAUAUAAAUCUAUACAUAAUGCUGCAUAUAUGUUAUAAUAUAUGAGACACAACCAUGGGGACGGACUCGUGAAUGAACAGCGAUGAGGAGGAGAGCUGAAAGCUGAGGAUUAAACUCAUCACACACCUGGCUGGUCGUUGCAGCUGAUGGGGACAUGCUGGCAUGGCCUUUUAAUGUGAGACUCCAUCAUGGAUGACUCGGACCAGGAUUUUGUGGAUCUCUGCUCAAAGCUGCUGAAACGAGUCCGCAAGAAACCAGGUGAGUCCAGACAGCCAAGGAGAGCAGAGCAUCAGCCCUCCAGUCAGGCAAGCAAUGGAGACAAGAGGAGGAGAAAUAACAAAAGAGAUGGUGAGCCUGGGUCUACUUGUGCUGGGACCCAGCCAGUUUGUACUGGUGCAGUAGCAGCAGAAGAGCAUGUGGUGGUCUGUGGGGGGACUGGACAUAAUUCAGGAGAUCCUUCAGCAGCAGCAGCAGUACCGAGAGCUGAGAGAGGUCUGGCAGCAAAAGACAAAGUACUCCACAGAAUGCAACAGUUCAAGAGAGUCAGUCCGCAGAGGAUGGUGCACAAGAACCAGAGCCGGCCAACAAACCAUGAGAACGACGGUGUUCCUCCUCCACCUCUGACACAAAGACAAGAUACUCCUGAGUCUUCCAGCUCAGGUCUCCACCCGGAGCCCCAGGACAGCGACGAAGCUCUGGCCCUGCAGCUGCAGCAGGAGCUGGACAGGGAGGCAGCAGAGGCCCAGACGGUGGACCUGGAGGACGGAGGCCUCUUCUUCUGUCAGAUCUGCCACAGAGAUCUGUCUCACAUGACACCUGAGGGACGAACACAGCAUCUCAACAGGUGUUUGGAUGAGAGUGAAGAGAGCUCUGCUCCAGCUCCCCCUCAGCCGCCUCCUGGUGUCCCCGACUGUCCCAUCUGUGGCAAGAAGUUCAAGUCCCAGAAGAGUCGCUCGGCCCACCUGAAGCGCUGCUCCUCAGAGAUGGGCGUUGCUCCGGCUGUGCUGCUGCAGGCUCUGCACAGACAGACUGAGGAGACCCAGAAUGUCCCCACUGCUAAUACACUCACACAAACUGGUGGCACUAAAAGAAAAGGCCCAUUGAAGCCGGGCCUCCCAGCGAUGAAGAAGCCCAGGAAGAAGACUGCACCUCUGGACGAAGACACUAUGGUGGCCCUGGCUCUGUCCUCCUCCAUGCUGGUACAGGAGCAGCAGAGCGAGAGGGAGUUACAAGCCUCUCACAUCUCCAUGACUUCAGCAUUGAAGUGGAGGCCAGACAGAGGUAAGGGGCGUGGAAAGAGGAAAAAGGGCGCCGUCCCUCGUCCUCCUCCGCUCCUCCUUGUUCAGGACGCCGAGGCGGCUCUGACCAGGCUGCAGGAACGCGUUUCUGCUCUCCUCCUACGCAGCCGGGCCCCCUCUCCCCCCACCCCGACCCGCUGCCCCAGCAGUCUGCCUGGCUGGAGCGGGGCUGCCCCCCUCUGGCAGAAGAGCACACUACUGGACAGAGCCUCCACCUGUCUGUCUGAUUUCUACACUCCAGAGCUCAGAGAGUUCAUCACGCCUUGGGAACCAGCAACGACUGCUGCAGCCACCUCUAGCACCGUCAACAAGCCUCAGUCUUCUGUCCAGCCUGUGAGUGAAGGAACUCCUGUCACAGGGACCAGGGCCUCCAUCCUGCCAUCCUCCUCCCAGACAGCCUCCUCCUCCUCUCAGACGGCUUCCUCCACCAGCCGGGCGCUCCUGAUGGACCUGAUGGAGCUGGCUGAAGACGGCGUGACCCUCACCCAGUGUGGUCACACUGCUCCAGGGCCUGACAAAGACAAGGGCGUCAGUCAGAUCACAACCCUUCGUCUGAGCGGCUUUGUCCUGGAGGAGUCGGAGGAGCAGGCUGACCUCUGUGUGAGCGGCUUCCUACCAGAACCAGCACACACACAUUCAGAGGACGCCCGCCGCCGAGCGAGCAGGACGAUUGAUCGGCGAGGGGCAGAUGAAGAGCGAGGCAGCCACCGAUCAGCGGCGCUAUCCAGACUGGCAUCAGACCUGAGCAGCAUGGUGAACAACCCUCAGCUCAGUGACCUGCAGCUCCAGGUGGACACUGGAGAGGUCUACUUUGCUCAUUCCUUCAUGGUGUAUGCUCGAUGCCCCCUGCUGGCAGAAAUGGUACAUGAAAGUGGUUUCGGGGUGCAGGAGGAAGGCGUGCCUGCAGCCCAGAGGGUGUUGAUGAAUGACGUCCCGGGACAGGCGGUGUUUGCUCUGCUGCAGUAUCUCUACACAGCCCGCUGCUCCUUCCCAGCAUCAGUUCGGCCUCAUGUAGCGGAGCUCGCAUCCAGGUUUGACUUGCAGGAGCUGCAAAUGCUUUGCGAGCUCCGUCGAGAGGAUGCAGCGACUCAGGGAGACGAGGAAGACUACAUGAACCAGGAGGAGGAUGUCAACAACCAAACGCACCAGGCCCUCACGGAGCUGCUCCGCUCCAUGUGGGACGAAGAGGACGCAGACGACGAGGGCACAGAUACAGACGGAGGAAGGGACGAAGAGAGAGAACUGGAAGAAGAUCAUCAAGCCGACGACCUCGCAUCAGGUGACCGAGAGGAGGAGAAAGUGAACGAGGAAGAGCUGGAGGAGAUCUAUGAGUUUGCCGCCACGCAGAGAAAGAGGGAGGAGGAGAAAGACAGCUUGGAGGAAGAGGAGGAGGAGGAGGAGAAGGUAGACGAGGGAGAAGAAGUGUUCGCAAAACUGACAGAACCCAAAAGAAGCUCGACAGGCUUCAGUGUAAAAAAACUGCAGCUGAACUCUCAACUUGAGCCGGACCCCAGCCUGGAUCGCAGCUACAACCGCCUCUUCUCAGACUCCUGGGGGGUCUACGAGGAAGAAGCUCCUUCCUCCUCACACUUCACUUCCGGACCGGCUAAGACGCGCAUCCCCCAAUCCCAACAACACCGGCCCCCUCAUAAACCUGCAUCUGAACUGUCCGGCAGAACUUUGCUUCAGUCUUCAGCAAGCAUAGUUGACGAACUUUCCCUCAGCCCUCCACCCCCCACAUCCAACCUGCCUAUCCCGGGUCAGUCUCCUGGUCAAGUGGGUGACUGGGGUGGCGGUGGAGACGAGGGAACAGAUGGUCUGGCUUCGAAGCGAGAAAGCCAAGGUCCUCGUAGUAUUUGUGUCCCUCUUUCUCCCGAUUCGCCCCACGAAAAGAAAGAACCUGAGCUCAUAGUUUUAUCCGACUCAAGCGAGGAGAUGGAGGUAGUACUUAGUUCCCUCAGUCCUUCGCCACAUUCUCCUUGUGUCGUCCAGAACCUGCAGAGCUACACCCAGAUCAAACCUCAGCCAAUCCUGAAACCUAAUGAACCCGCCCUGGAGACUAAACAAUUCAGAAGUUUAGAGUUAAGUCCCGAUGAUCCACCUGCAGCGCUGCAGGAUCCACUAGACUGUUCUCCAGAAGUUUCCUGGCUGAUCCCGUCCACGCCGGUCCAGCCCGUUAGAAGCACCACGACCUCCUCCACUCAGACCAAAAGCAGCAUGUGCAGGACGCAGCUGUUCCCUAAAGGUGACGCUUCCUCACCCUCAUCCUCUGUUUUCUCUUCUCCUGCUUUACCUUUUAACAACAGGCCGCAGACCUCCAACAGUUCAACCAGAGCUUCUGCCCACGUCGGCCCAACAGAGGGCAGUGUUCCCAAGUUAGAACUUGACGAGACCUCCAGCUUGGAUCUCAAUAAAUGCCAACCUAAGCCCUCAUGCUCGACCUCUUCAAAGCAGGAUACACCCCUCCACAUCCAGCCCCAGCCUUACAGCAGCACUCCCCUGCACACAGAGCUCCACAAGGCCCCCGUCCUCCUCGCCACCUCCCCGCUCCACAGCAACCUCGAUAAGAGUCGAGGAAGGGAUAGGACGCCAUCUGAAAGCCCGGAGAAGACCGAAUUAGGGAGCUUUCAUCUCUCCCCCCUGUCUGACCCUUCAGAUCUACCAUCUUCGUCCUCUCACAGAAGUCUUCAAAGUCCACAGAGGCACAGCGAGUCCUCUCGUCAAAGUCGACGCUCUGUUGAGUCCAGCAGUCAUGACAACACAGAGGGACUGGGCGAAAAUGAAGACGCUGGUGAUGAACGAGAGCAGGAAGAAGCAGAAACCGGAGAGGCAGGCGUUGCUGAAUUCAGUUUCCAGCAGAGCUUCAUGGACGAGCCCCCCAUAGCUUUCAACGACUCGUGGGGUUUCGACGCCGAGGCGAACCCAGGCUGCUUCAGUCUGAGGCUGGAGGACAGCGGAGCAUCCAGCCAGCGAGGCGAGCGCAGCCUGGGACAACGAGAUUCAGCCAGGUCAUCCUACUCUACCGGUCGCCAACCUUCACCAUGCAGUCACAGCAGUCAUUUAUUGAACAGCCACGGCGUUGGGACUUCCUCCUCUCCAUCCAAAACCCACAGUACACAACCAUCCACCAGUGCACAGGCUCAUACAGGGCUUUCCUUCACCCCUUCCCCACCUGAACCCACCACCAGGACCAGUACAGAGAUCGUCAACACCCUCCUGGACUCCAAAAUUUGGGACAGCUGGGAGGAGGUAGAUGAGGAGGAGGAGGCCCUUCCUCUCUCUCAGAAGGUGAACCCUUCCGCCCUGCUCAAAACACCAGCAUCAUCACACAAUAAAAGGCGUCGCACCUUGGUGCCCAUCACCCCCUUGCCCCACUACUCUGACAUGGACACACCGGAGCUCAAGAACAAACUCACCAGGUUUGGUGUUCGGCCUUUACCGAAGCGCCAGAUGAUCCUCAAACUGAAGCAGAUCCACCAGUACACCCACCAGCUUGUCAGCUCUGAGGAAGAGGAAGAGGCAACCUCGGCAGGCCGCACAGCUCAGGCGAAGCACCUACCCACCAGUUCAGAGGUUCCUGUUAACAGGCCAGUCUCCUGCACCCAGAGAGUGAACUUUAAAGAGCCCAGAGCACCCGCUGGCGCCUCCCCUCUGAAACCCAACAGAGAGGAGGAGGCAGAGCUGCUGUCUGCCUCACAGGGCUCCAACACCUCUUCAACUGCUGCCAGUGAAGAAUCUGAAAGCAGGUCUAACCCAGAGCUGUGCAUCUCCUCCGACUCAGACAGUGAUGGCGGCAUCUCUGCCUCCCAGUCAGCGAACCGCCUUCAGGAUCGCCUCCGGGCGGUGCGCUCCUUCAUCCUCUCUGACUCCGGACUGUACAGUCAAAUCCUCCAGUACCAGCCUCUGGUCUUGUCCCAGUUCCAGGAGCGACUCAAAGCAGCAGGGAUCCGCCUGGGUGCUGCCAAGUUGGUGGAUUACCUGGACUCCCAGUGCAUCACCUUCACCACAGCCAAGCCGGGCCACUCCGCACCCAGCCGCAGGCGGGGCAAGCGGACAGGAAAGGGGGCAAAGACAGCAGGUGAAAGUGGAGUGGGCAGGAAAAGAGCUGUGACAGCCUUGAUUUAAACCUUUGACUGCAAGAAAGGUUUAAGUAGAAACUGUGAGAGGUGGAAGGUUUGAACAUUUGUCUGGAAAUAACUUCAGGCUGACCAGACCAUGAGAACGUUUGUGGUUGUUCUUGGACAGCUGCCACUAGCAGCAGAGUAGACUACAGGUUUUACCAUGCGUUUUUAAAACUAUGUGAAAAUACAAAUGUUUCUUCAGGACAGUUUGUGUCAUUUAAGUAUUCUGUUUCAAAUGUUAAAUUAAAAAAUGGUUAAUGUUG